GUGAAAAGCUGACAGGAAGAGGAAUGUGGUGUCCGGAGUCCUGUCGGAUGUUGUUAAAAGGUUCAACUUUCUGUUAUCUCCACUUCUCCCACGACAAAAACAUCCGUUAUGGCAUCCGCGGCGCCCAUCAAGAUUGGAAUUAUUGGGGGUUCAGGCCUUGAUGAUCCGGACAUCUUGGAGGGAAGAACCGAGCGUUAUGUUGACACGCCGUAUGGAAAGCCAUCCGAUGCACUGAUCCUGGGAAAGAUAAAAAAUGUAGAAUGUGUGCUUCUUGCAAGACAUGGCCGACAACACACCAUAAUGCCUUCCAACGUGAACUACCAGGCCAACAUCUGGGCCCUGAGAGAGGAAGGCUGCACACAUCUGCUGGUGACCACGGCCUGCGGCUCGCUCAGGGAGGAGAUCCAGCCGGGGGACAUCGUCAUCAUAGAUCAGUUCAUCGACAGGACGACCAAGAGAGCCCAGACGCUGUAUGACGGGCAGCCCACAAGCCCCCCCGGAGUGUCUCACGUCCCCAUGGCCGAGCCUUUCUGCAACAAAACCAGAGACGUCCUGGUGGAGGUGGCCCGCAGCCAGGGCAUCAAGUGUCACGUCCGGGGGACCAUGCUGACCAUCGAGGGGCCCCGCUUCUCCUCGCGGGCCGAGAGCCUGAUGUUCCGCCAGUGGGGGGCCGACGUCAUUAACAUGACCACGGUGCCAGAGGUGGUCCUCGCCAAGGAGGCCGGGCUGUGCUAUGCCAGCAUCGCCAUGGCGACCGACUACGACUGUUGGAAGGAGCACGAGGAAGCAGUUUGUGUUGACAAUGUGUUGAAGACGAUGAAGGAGAACGCCAACAAAGCCAGCAGUAUCCUGCUCACUGCAAUACCCCAGAUUAGUCAGAUGGAUUGGACUCAGACAAUGAAGACUUUGAAAUCAAUGGCACAGUCUUCAGUCAUGUUGCCCAAACACUGAACGUGGAUCCGACAUGAAAGCAGGAUGAGAAUUCCAGACACAACCUCCGCACCGCACCGCCCCGGACGCAGACGACAGACCCGACCCUGCCUGUGGAUUCGUCAUCAGUGAAUCACAAGAAAGUGCCUCACAUUAA